AUGGCGGGGAUUCUUGUGAGUGCAGCGACGGGGGCCCUCAACUCCAUCGUGGAGAAGCUGGGCACUCUGCUGGUAGACCAAUACAAGCUGCACACGGGGGUGCGCGGCGAGAUCAAAUUUCUGACUGGGGAGCUCACAGCCAUGAACGACUUUCUCCUGAAGAUGUCUGAGGAGGAGGACCCUGACCAGCAAGAUAAGGUAUGGAUGUCCAAGGUGCGAGAGCUCUCCUAUGAUAUAGAGGACUCCAUUGAUGACUUCAUGCAAGACGAAGACGACAAAGACGCUAAGCCAGAUGGCAUCAUAAAAAAGAUCAAGCACAUUCUGGGAAAGGUGGGGAAGAGGAAGGCUCACCAUCAGGUGUUCCAAGAUCUAAAGAAACAAGUCACUGAGGUGGCCGAGAGGAAUCAAAGGUACCAAACUCGUCACGCCUUAUCCAAGGCCAGAAAUUUGACUGUUGACCCUAGAGCUCUUGCUAUCUUUGAUCUUGCCUCGACGCUCGUCGGAAUUGAUGAACCCAAAGCUGAGCUAAUCAAACUGUUGAUUGACGGUGUGUCGAUAAAUCGGCAACCGAAGCUGGUCUCCAUAGUAGGAUCUGCAGGAAUCGGCAAGACAACUCUUGCAAACCAAGUGUAUCAAGACCUCAAAAGAAAAUUCAAAUAUCGGGCCUUCUUAUCCGUGUCGCGAAAUCCAGACAUGAUGAAUAUCAUGAGAAUUAUUCAUAGUCAAGUUAGUGGUCUACGUUUUGCUGACACUGAAGCAGGAAGCAUACAACAAGUCAUCAUCAAUAUCACGACUUUCCUAGCAGAAAAAAGGUAUUUUGUUGUCGUUGAUGAUAUAUGGAAUGUGGCUGCAUGGAAUGUUAUUAAGCUUGCAUUCCCCAAGACUAGUUCUUGCAGUAUCAUAAUCACCACUACUCGUAGAAAUGAUGUUGCCGAAUCAUGCAGUUCAUAUUUCAGUGGCAAUAUUUAUGGGGUAAGGCCUCUUACAGUGGUGCAUUCAAGACAGCUAUUUCACAGAAGACUAUUCGACUCCCAAGAAAAUUGCCCACCAUACCUUGAAGAAGUAUGUGAUCAAAUCUUGAAAAAAUGUGCUGGGUUACCUUUGGCAAUCAUCGCUGUUUCUGGUUUGUUGGCUAACAUAAAAAAUGUGCUGGGUUACCUUUGUCUCUUAUAUGUGAGUAUGUUUUCGGAAGAUUCUUUUAUUGAGAAGUAUGAUUUGAUAAGGAGGUGGAUAGGUGAAGGAUUCAUUCAAAAAGAAGACGGAUAUACAACACAUGAGGUAGGAGAAAGGUGUUUUAACGAGCUCGUCAAUAGGUGUUUGAUCCAACCCGUCGAGACAAAUGAAUAUGGUAAAGUGAAGGGCUGCCGAGUUCAUGACAUAAUUCUUGAUUUCAUAAUAUCCAAGUCCACCGAAGAGAACUUCAUUACUUUCCUUAGUACUCCCAUUCCGACAACUGGGAUAGAAAGCAAAGUCAUUCGUCGAUUAUUUUUGCAAGGCGUCAAGGAAGGAAAUUCAACAAUACCAACGACAGGUUUGGAUCUGUCCCAUGUCCGAUCAGUCUCUGGAUCUUUUGUGGAAAUGCCUUCUUUGGAGAAGUUUAGACAUCUGCGUGUUCUCAACUUACACGAUUACCAACGAUUGGGAGAACAAAAUCUUGAAAAUAUAGUGAGGCUGUUCCAGCUAAGGUACCUGAGCUUCAGACAUAUAGGAAUAAGAAAGCUCCCAGAACAAAUUGGACGUUUAGGGUGCUUAGAGAUCCUGGACCUAAGAGAAACUGAUGUAAUGGAAUUACCUGCAUCUAUUGUUAAUCUCAGAAAAUUAUCACAUCUACUUGUUGAUGUUGGUGUUAAAUUUCCUGAUGGUGUUGCGAACAUGCAAGCAUUGGAGACGUUGAAAUUGGUCAGUGUCUCCAGACAAUCAUUAGACUUUCUGUCAAGCCUUGGCCAGCUGAAAAAUUUGAGGAAUCUGGUCCUUCACAUUAGGUUCAAUGUUAAUUCUGACACUGGGCAUACAAAUGUGAUUGGGGAGGUCAUCUCUUCCCUGUGUAAGCUAGGCACCCAGAACCUUCGCUCUCUGACUAUUAUGGAUUUGAGCGGCCUCUUACAGGAACCUUUGUGCCUGCCUACCCUCGAGAAACUUAUCAACUGCUCUUUAGCCAUCCCGCAGAUUCCGAAAUGGCUGAGCUCCCUCAAAAACCUCCAACAGUUAAUCCUUCAAGUGGAUGGAGUCAAGCAGGAUGACCUAUGCAUGCUUGGGGCCUUACCCACUCUGCUCAUUCUGCACCUCACGCAGAGAACAGAGUCAAGGAAUAAGCUCAGAAUAAGUGGUGAAGUUGGGUUCCGGUCAUUGAGGAUUUUUAUUUAUGAUGGAAAUGGUGUAUCCCCGGUAGCUCUGAUAUUUGCCGCAGGAUCCAUGCCCAAGCUAGAAAAACUCAAGCUUGUUUGCCACGUAAAUGAAUCUGACUCUCCGAGCUUUGGAAUCGAGAACCUCCCCUGCCUGCGUACUGUCAAAUGCUUUGUAAAUGGCAACGAUGGCAUUGUUGAAGCCGUAGAAACUGCCGUGGAGACAGCAGCGAGCACACAUCCCAACCACCCUAGUCUAGGCUUUUGGAAAGGUAACAGUAUAUUUUUCUCCCGACUGCCCAGCUUUGAUUAA